GCAGAAGCAAGAACAGAAAAACAUGAUGAUCCAGAGUUAAGCAGGAGAAGACGAAGGGAGGAGGAGGAGUUAAAAAUGACCAGAAGGAUGCAUUUGAUUUUCUUCUGGCUGUUCUUCUCCUUAUGGAUUUCUGUCGUAGUUAGUGCCGAUGAGGAGGGCGAGAAUAUGGCCGCGCUGCUUUCGAUCAAAUCGCAGCUCGAUGAUCCGUUGAAAGUUCUCCAAGAUUGGAAAUUGCCGGCCGAGGCAGCCGGUUCGCCUUAUUGCAACUGGACGGGCGUGCAUUGCAACUCGGCGGGCUUGGUUGACGGCCUCGACCUGUCGCGCCGCAACUUGAGCGGCAUAAUCUCCGACGACAUACGUCGCCUUCACGCCUUGGCCCGCCUCAACCUCUGUGGCAAUUCUUUCUCUUCCUCCCUCCCGGCGGCCUUGUCCAACCUCACUGUGCUCCAGGAGUUCGACGUCAGCGACAACGACUUUGUCGGGCACUUCCCGGCCGACCUCGGCGCGUGCCCGAGUCUGUUGAGCCUCAAUGCGUCGGGGAACAACUUCGAAGGGCCGCUCCCCCACGAGAUCAGCAAUGCCACGUCACUAGAGACGCUGGAUCUCCGGGGGAAUUUCUUCUCCGGGUCGGUACCACCGGCGUACAAGAGUUUGCAAAAGCUGAAGUUUUUAGGCGUUUCCGGAAACAACCUCACCGGAAGACUCCCCGCCGAGCUCGGCCAGCUCGCCUCAUUGGAGACGCUCAUAGUCGGCUACAACGAGCUGGAGGGACCGAUUCCUGCCGAGUUCGGCAACCUGACUAAGCUCCAGUACCUCGACAUGGCGAUCGGAAACCUGCACGGUCCCAUUCCUGGCGUGCUCGGAAAGCUUCAAUUCCUCACCACCGUCUACCUGUACAAGAACAAUAUUGGCGGCGAGAUACCGAGCGAAAUUGGCAACAUUUCAACACUACAAUUGCUCGAUCUAUCCGAUAACUUGAUAUCCGGAACUAUCCCUCCGGAGUUGUCGCAGCUGGCCAAUCUCCAGCUUAUCAAUCUUAUGUGCAACAAGCUGAAAGGCCUGGUGCCAGCCGGAAUCGGCGAAUUGCCGCAGCUGGAGGUGCUGGAGUUGUGGAACAACUCUCUCGUCGGCUCUUUGCCGGCCGACCUGGGUCAUAACUCGCCGCUCCAGUGGCUAGACGUAUCGUCCAACUCGCUCACGGGGGAGAUCCCCGCCGGUUUGUGCGAUGGAGGAAACCUCACCAAGCUAAUCCUGUUUAACAACGCCUUGUCAGGGCCGAUACCGACAGGUCUAUCAACGUGCCUCCCGCUCGUCCGCGUCCGGAUGCAUAACAACCAGCUCAACGGCACGAUCCCGGGUGGCCUCGGUGGCCUCCCGAGGCUCCAACGCCUGGAAUUGGCUGGCAACGAUCUCUGCGGCGAGAUACCCGAUGAUCUCUCCCUCUCGACCUCGCUCAGCUUCAUCGAUCUCUCCCAUAACCGUCUCUCCUCGACGCUGCCCCCGACGAUACUCUCCAUGCCGACGCUUCAAAGCUUCUCGGCUGCCGACAAUGAGCUCGCCGGAGAAAUACCAGGCGAGAUCCAGGACUGCGCUUCGCUCUCAGCACUCGACCUCUCCACUAACCGCCUCUUUGGGAGCAUCCCCAGCAGCCUCGCCUCCUGCGAGCGCCUCGUGUCGCUGAGCCUGAGGAAUAACCAGCUCUCCGGCGGUAUCCCAUCGUCGCUGGCCAUGAUCCCGACUCUGUCCAUUCUCGAUUUGUCCAACAAUUUUCUAACUGGGCCGAUCCCAGACAACUUUGGAAGCUCACUGGCGCUAGAGAUGCUCAAUUUGGCUAACAACAAUCUCUCUGGUGAGGUGCCGUCCAACGGCCUUUUGCGAACCAUAAACCCGGACGAUCUCGCCGGCAAUCCUGGUCUCUGUGGCGGCGUGCUCCGACCUUGCGGCGGGUCGAAUUUGCCCCAAGAGUCAGCGGCGAAGUCAACAGCGCUUCACAUCAAGCACAUUGCGGCUGGAUGGGUGGUAGGAAUAACGGCGGUGCUGUCGAUUGGCAUAGCCGUCUUUGGCGCACGAAAGCUCUACAAGCGGUGGCUCGCCGACGGAUUAUGCUGCGCCGACAACCAGUUCGAUGAGGAAUUCGGGGGGUCGUGGCCAUGGCGGUUGACGCCGUUCCAGCGGGUCAACUUCACGAGCGCCGACGUGCUUGCGUGUGUAAAGGAAUGCAACGUGAUAGGCAUGGGCGCGAUGGGGGUGGUCUACAAAGCUGAGCUCCCACGCCACCACGGCGUGUUGGCGGUGAAGAAGCUAUGGCAGGCGGAGGCAGGGGACCUGGUGACAGAGGUGAGCCUACUGGGGCGGCUGCGGCACCGGAACAUUGUGAGGAUGCUUGGGUACGUGCGCAACGACCGGGAGAUGAUGAUUUUAUACGAGUACAUGCCGAACGGCAGCCUGUGGGAAGCCUUGCACGGGAAGCAGCAUCAGCAGCAGCAUCAGCAACGAGUGCUGGUGGACUGGGUGUCCAGGUACAACGUGGCAGUAGGGAUCGCCCAUGGCCUUGCCUAUCUCCACCAUGACUGCUACCCGCCGGUGAUCCACCGCGACGUCAAAUCCAGCAACGUGUUACUGGACGCCAGCCUGGAGGCCCGGAUAGCCGAUUUCGGACUGGCCCGUAUGAUGGUGCACAAGAACGAGACCGUCUCCGCCGUCGCCGGCUCAUAUGGUUACAUUGCUCCAGAGUACGGGUACACGUUGAAGGUGAACCAGAAGAGCGACAUCUACAGCUUCGGGGUGGUUCUGAUGGAGCUGCUGACGGGGAGGCGACCGGUGGAGGUUGAGUUCGGGGAGGGACAGGACAUUGUGGGGUGGGUGAAGGAGAAGCUCCGGCGAGACCAAGGCAUAGAAGAGCUGCUCGACGCCACUGCGGGGGCGAGGUGCGAGCACGUGAGGGACGAGAUGCUGCUGGUGUUGCGCAUCGCAGUGCUCUGCACCGGGAGGUCGCCCAAGGACCGGCCUUCCAUGCGCGACGUGCUUAUCAUGCUCGGCGAGGCUAAGCCGCGCCGGAAGAGCAACGGCAGCGCGGUGGCCGCCAGCUGCAACGUCGUCGGCAUGGACAAGCCCGUUUUCACCACCUCGCUGGACUCCGACUAUCUCUAGAGCUAGAUUCAGCUAGCAUAAUAAUUUGCUGUUCCAUUGGAAUCCAUAUUUCAUUCCUCUCAUCUGUACCUACAUUCAUUUAUACCUAGUUUUACAUAAUUUGCAUGUGUAAAUGUUAGGACAGAGGUGAAUAUCCUUGGCACAAAACAACUGCACUGAUAUUUAGAGUUGGAGAUGAAUUAGUAAUGAUAUGAUCUACGCAGUCAAUUGUUA